AAAAAAUAAUAAUUUUAAACUAUUGAUAUCAAUCAUGUUCUUGCUCCUGUUUUCUGAUGUCGUGAUUGGAGGAAAUCAUCGUUCCAGUUCAUGAAUCAUGCCUGACGAUCUGUUUUAAGCAUAAUUGUGAGGUCAAAUUCAAUAGCAGGACGACCGUACGAUCGACCCGGCAGCCAACAAUUGCUGCACGUCCAACGGCUGCAUGCUCCUCGCUCUUCCGCGAGCGCGAUGCUCGGCUCUCUUACAAUUUUGCUCCGCCAUCGAGCAGGUAAAACAGAUCCACGCCCAGCUGAUUGUAAACGCUCUCCUCGCUCAGCCGUCCGCCGUCGCCAAGCUGGUCGAGCGUUACCACUCCGUGGCCGGCGGGAAGGGCCACGUUCGUCUCAUCUUCCACCAUCACCAUUGCAGCAGCUCUUCGUUAGUGUCCAACUCCAUGCUCCUUUGCACCCGCCCAGAAGACGCUCUGUCCCUCUUCUCCCACCAAAACAAAAGCGGCCUAGUCGCGCCUGAUCGCUUCGCCUACACUUGCGCCCUCAGUUCAUGCGCUCAAUUGAACGCUCUUCUCGAAGGGACGCAAGUCCAGGCGCUCAUCGCCAAGUCUGGGUUCAUGUCCGACGUCGUCGUCAGCACCACUGCGGUCCACUUCUACGCGAGCUGUGGGGACGUCGAAGCGGCGCGGCAAGUGUUCGACGAAAUGACUACGAGAAAUAGUGUGACUUGGAACGCUCUGAUGACCGGCUUCUGCCUCAAUGACCGCGCGGAGGAGGCGGUGUCCGUGUUCGAUGAGAUGCUGCGACAUGGUUUGCGCAUCACAGAGAGGACAGCGAUCGUUUUGCUCUCCGCUUGUUCUCAGCUUGGCGAUCUGGCCUUGGGCAGCACGGCGCAUGGGUACAUCUACAAGGCUGCUGCGCGUUUCGAAGAUUGUGUGUUCACCGGCACUGGUUUAGUGGACAUGUACUGCAAAUGCGGAUCCCUUACCAGUGCAUCCAAAGUGUUCGACGAUAUGACUAGCAGAAACGUUUUGACAUGGAGCGCGAUGAUAGGUGGGCUUGCCAUCCACGGAGAGGGAAAGGCAGCACUGCGGCUGAUGGAGGAGAUGGUGAAGGCAGGUUUUUGGCCCAACGCAGCCACCUUCACUGGUUUGCUUUUCGCCUGCGUCCACCGCGGGCUCGUAGACGAAGGCCUCCGCCUGUUCGACGUCAUGAAGAGCAGGUUCGACGUUGAGCCGUGCAUGAAGCACUACGGUUGCAUGGUGGACCUCCUUGGGCGAGCCGGGAUGGUGAGGGAAGCGUAUGAGUUCGUGAAGGCAAUGCCGGUGGAGCCAGACGUCGUCGUGUGGAGGGCUUUGCUGGGGGCGUGCAGAAUCCACGGCCAUGAAGAACUCGGCGAGGAAGUUGGGAAGAUUCUGCUGCAGUGGGAGAAGAGAUCGGCAAGGAGGGGUAGGGGUGGUUGUGAAGACUUCAUUGCAUUGUCAAACAUGUAUGCUUCAGCUGAGAGAUGGGAGGAUGUUUCAACAAUUAGAAGGGAGAUGAAGAAAAAUACAACAGGAAAUAGACCAGGUCAGAGUACAGUCUGAAUCUGGUUACACAUCAAAACUUGUUCCUUCAUUAAACUUUAUAUGUUCAGAUGUACAUAAACAUUUUUAUCAAAAUCAUGUAAUGCGUUUAAACCAGUAAAGACUGCAACCACAAAUCUGUAACGAUUCAAGGGUCUGUAAUACAUGUAAAAGUCAUC